AUUUGGCCGACGAAUGCACAUGAAUUGAGCAGGCUUGUUACAGAAUUUCAGGAGCGUCUCGCCAGUUCUCUUUAUCUCUUCGACUCGAUGCACAAUCGUCUGUUCUCUGGACUUUUGGAACUGUACUUUGCUGCACACCGUUCAUCACCUCUGCAUCGCCAGAUAGACCACACAAGCCCGCGCCUCUGCGCCAUCUUUUGGCUCCAAGAAACACAUGGAUGAGGUGCGGCAGUAUUUGGAUGGCUUGAACGAGGACCAGCUCCGGUUUGCCCGCAUUCUCCUGGCCAGCAGAUCGGGGACCGACAUAGUCGCGCAGGCGCCGCUUGAGAUUGUGGCUGCAAUCGUGCAGUUAUUGGAUAACGCCAGCUUCGGGUCUUGCUUACUUGUUUCCAGAGGUUGGCGACGCCGGCUGCUGUCAAAUGUUCCUCUUUAUGCUUUCGCGCGAGCCGCAUACCCUUCACUGUUCCACGCUUCCCAGCCGUCGCGGUCUGUGAUCCUCGAGGCCUUUGCGUCCACCUCUCGCCGGGAUGCUAGCACGUUCAAGUCUGUGCUUCACACCAAGCUCUGCUUCGACUCUUCCGUCUUUCAUUUGACCGAGCCUCCAGAACAACAGCAGCCUGCACGUACAGCUUCGGCGGACGAGGAAGUGGUAGACGACGCCACAAUCCGGUAUGCCAAUGGCAAGCUCGCAUGGUGCUUUGGCUGGACCUUUUUUGUGCUCGAUGACCUACACUUCCACACACGGAGAUACCUUUACUCGCCCCUCGAGAGAAUGCUCCCGCCUAUGAUGAACUUGCUCGCCCUGGGUGAUCAGCUCGUCGUUGCGUAUGGUGGUGGCCAUUUGUUUGCUUGGAACCACGCAGAAGAGCCAAUAUCCAAACGAUGGAAGCGGAUUGCGAGCAUGCCGCGGCACUGCGAAACAGAGGGUCUGAGGAUUGUUGUUGUCCUUGAUUCGCGCGCAGUGCUCGACUGGGACUUCGCUACAAACAGGAUGUCCGAGAUAUCCAUGCAAGGAACGCUCAACGAUCUAUCCCACAUCACCGGUGUCGCUCAGUCUCGCGGAUCCUGGACUCAUCUUGGCGUUUUGGUCCACCCAACGCCGGGGGCGACGUCUUCGUUCUUGUCCGCCUUCCGAUCAGAUCACGAGGAUGUGAGCAUCUGGUUAUAUGAGGUGACAGACGGCGUACUCAGGCCGGACUCUUACAAAUUGGUCCCGGUCAAGGUGAACGCUAAUGCACAUGGGCCACAAGAGUUACCAUUUGUCACAAUCCAAAAGUCGAAUUGCUUCGGGAGCUAUCAGAUAUCCUUUCGUCAACGUCAUCAACACAAGCCCCAACUUGAUUGCCUCUACGAGUACAACAUCUACUCAUCCAGGUUGACCCAAGUAGAGUCCAACCACCACUACAGCUUUGGUUCCAGUGCCCUGUGGAAUAAUCGACUAUAUCAUACCCACUCAACAAACAUGGUAAGGACAGAGGGAAAUAAACAGAUUUUGGGUCAGGAGGAAGUUGAGCUCUGCCGCCACGCCACGGACCUUGGACCCGUGGAGAAUGCUCUCUGUGAUCUCGUGUCCCACGAGGAGAAAGAGCCUGAAAGGCUUGGUUCCUUUGAUGGCGGCGGCAACCUGUUCACACAGGAACUAUUCUCGGAUGACAUGUUCGUGGUCUGGUGUCCGCCCGACGGACGGUUGUCAGUUUGGACAUUCCAAUGAGGCGGGGUCUCGAAUGGUAGUCCAAUGUGACGCCAUGCAUUAGAUGAGUGAGGUCAGAGAGUUUUGCAGCCGAGCACGAUGGAGUUCAGCUACAAGCUAUUGACCAAAAGCGCCAUGCACGCUGAAGUAUAUCAAACCGCCAGGGAUCUGUCAAAGAGCUGCCCUUGGGAGGAGAACUCGUCUUCAGUCUCAUGUGUUUUGCAUACUCACCCCUAGCACUUUGGCAAGUGCGAUUCAAGGUACUCCCGACCACUCGGACUAGGAAGACGGUAUGGAUACUUCUUCUCUCCGACAUUUCCAGAUUUUGCCUGGACGACAAUUGUUGAUCUGUGACAAGCUUUGCGACCUCUAGCGAAUCGCAACUCGUGAAAGCACAACGGCAAGAUGCCCCCACAACAGUGUUGUGCUCUCAGGAACACCCUGGAACGAUAU